AUGAAGAAACCUUAAUCUCUAUUUAAAAGAGUAAUGAUUUCAGCUGAAAGAGGUAAAUAUAAAGCUUGUUAAAUUUGUUAAAAAAAAUUUGGAACAGAGCAUUAAUGUAAAAGGUAAUAAUUAUUAUAUAUUUUAUAGAUGUAAAAGAGCUGUUUGCGAAAAAUGUUCAAAUUUUAAAGGAAGAAUAUUUACAGAUUCAGGAUAAGAAGAUAAAACUUUACAUAGAUAAUGUAAGAUUUGUAAAGAAGAGAGUGAUUCAAUAAAAAGGUUUGUAGAAACUAAUCACAUAUUAUUUCUUUAGGAUACAAAAGCAUUAGAGUGGUUAAAUUAGUUUGGAGUUACAAAAGAAUAAGCUAAAGCAGUAUAUGUAUAUACUUAAUUAGGAAUAUUUGUAAGCAUAAAAUAAAAUUUCACAGAGUGAAUAAUCCGAAAUAAAAAAACUCAAAAAUAAUUUAAAUAAUGCAUUUUCAGAGAUUCCUGGAGUCUUUAAUUAUUCAUUAAGAGAGUUCAUAUACUAUGUUAUUAAGGAAAAUGAGUUUGAAACAUUAAAAUAAGCAACAGGAAGAAUCUUAGAGACAUUUCUAUCUAAUUAUAAUGAAGUUGGGUAUUCACCAGACUUAAUUAUGUUGACAAUAUUUUUUCUUUGUUUUGGAACAGAGUCAUCUGCAUUCUCUUUACUCAACAUUUUUUUUGCUGAAAUGGUUUAAGCUAAUUUAUAUCCUUCCAAUAUUAUGUAAUAUGAUAAUGGAGAAGAUAUUGAAAGAGUUUUAUUAGUUCUUACUUCUUCAUUCAAAAUGUAAUAGUAAGACAAACCAUUAAUAACAAAUUUUCUAAAAUCAAGAUUAAUCAAAUAUUAACAAUGUUUUACUAUAAAUAUGUUACAAAUUGAAUCAACAUAUUAUAUUAUUGAUUCAUUAUAUUCAUUACAUAAAUAAGCAUAGGAUGAAUUUAUUAAAUUUAUAGCAUCUGCUUUAUCAUAAAAUAUAUCUGAUGUAAAAGUGAAUUAAUAAUAUAUUGAAGAAUUUGAAGUUAUAUUGUUAAGAUAGGUGAAAUCUUCUAUUAUUAAAGAUGAAUAUUUUAAAACUAAAAGUUUAUAAUUUACACCAUAUACAACAAGAAUGAUGUCAAGAUCUUAAAUUACUAGGAGAUUUUCUUCUGUUAUUUAAGACUCUAAUCAAAGUAAUAUUGAUUUUGAUAAAUUAAAUAAUUUAAACAAAGUUGUAGAAAGUUAAAAAGAAGAAAUAGCAAAAUUAAAUUUUUAGUUGACUAGUACAACAGAACUUGUUAGAAAAAAGACUGUUCAAUUGAAAUAGAAAGAUUAAACCAAUAUAUAAAAUGACUUAAAAUAGGUUGAAGAUGAAGAUUAAAUAUUUUCUAAUUUAAGAAGAAAAACUUUGAAUAUACUUAAUUAAGAAGAAGUUGAUGAAGAUGUUGCUGUUUUAACAGAUUAUAUUAAUAAAUUAGAAGAGGUAUUAAUAUUAAAGCAUAGAGUAGUCAAAGAUUAAAAUAUUAAAAUAUUAGAAGUGCAAGAAAAUAAUUAAAUACUAUUUGAAGAGAUAUUAAAAUUAAAAAAAGAAGUUUAAUAGUCUGAAAUUAAAUUUAUUGAUUAAACUAAUAUUACUCAUUAAAUUGAAAAAGAGAUAAAUGAAAAAUAAAGAAUAAUUGAUGAAUAUAAGCAAAAAAAUAAAGAAUUACAAGACAAUUUAGAAUCUGUUUAAACAGAAAAUAACUAAUAUAAAAUAUAAUUACUUGAAUUUAAAGCUUUAUCAGGAGUAAAGACUGUUGAUGAUGGAGUCAAAUAAAAUUAAUAUCAAAGAGAAUUAUAAAGAUUAUAAGAAGAAAAUAAUAAUCUAUAAAAAAAAAUUACAGAAUUAGACAGUUUAAUUUAAGAUAAAUCAAUCCUUGGAACAGAAUAAGAAAAUCUUAAGAAAUAAUUAAACAUGAAAGAAGAAUAAAUUAAUAGUCUAAAUGAAUAAAUUAGAAAUCUAAAUGAAAAAGUAUCUAAUUUAGAAUAAUAAAGAACACUUCAACUAAAAUAAAUGAAACAUUUAGAAGAUUAAAUAAGUUCUAAAGAGAGAGAAUAUAUGACAGAAAUGUAAAAAAUAACUUAUGAUAGAGAUUUAUCUAAAUAAAGAAUUAAUGAAGGUGAGGCGUAAAUAUUAAAACUACAAUAAAAUGAUUAGAAAUUAAAAAACGAAAUUUCCAAUUUAAAUGAAGAAUUGCAACAAUAAUUAUUAAAAUUGGAAUAAUUAAACAAACAAAUUAAAGAUUAUGAAAUAUAAUAAAAUUAAUCAAGAGAAACAUCUUUAGAUAUUAACAAAGGCUAAUAGAUAAGAUUAGAGAAAUUGGAAUAGUAAAACUAAAAUAUGAAUUUAAAGAUUGAAGCUUAAAAUUAAGAAAUUAAAUCAUAUAUUGCAAAAAUAGAAGAGUAAUUAACAACAAUAACUGAAUUGAAAUAAAAAGUUUAAGAAGAAGAAAGUUUAAGAAAGGCAAAGGAAAAGCAAGUCAAUGAUAAAGUUUAAUAAAUUGGUUAGUUAGAGAAUUAAUUAAUAAAAAUAUAAGAAAAGUAUAAUUUAAGUAAUAGAUAAUAAUAAGAAAUGCAGAAUUAAUAUGAAGAUCUUAAAAAGAGAUAUGAUGUUGAAUCAAAUAAUAUAUAAUCUCUAUAAAGCAAAUCAAUUGAAUACAAUUCUUUGUAAUAAAAAUAUAUUGAUUAAAGUCAAAAGUUAAGUUCUUUAGAAAAGUAAUUAUUAGAUUAUAAUGAAAUUGCAGAUCAAAAUUAAAAAUCAAAGAAAGAACUUUAAAGUCUUACUGAUUUGCUUGAUUCAAAAUUAACAACAAUUGUUGCUCAUGAAACUAAAAUUAUUGAUUUAACAAAUCAAUUAAAAGAAUCAAAUUCAUAGUUAUAACAAGUUAGAAAAGAAAAUCAUGAAAUCAUGCAAAAAAAAGCUUAAGAUAUGUAAGUUAUGGAUUAAUUGAAAUAAAUAGAUGUAGAAAAUGGAGAAUUAAAAUAAAAAGUUUAUUCUUAAGAAGCAACUAUUUAAAAUUAAGAAACAUUAUUAUCAGUUUUAAAAGGAAAUUAAUUAAAUUUAGAAUAAAGCUAAAUGAAAUUAAAAAUUGAUUAUUAACAUUUGGAAGAAAAGUAUAGUGAAAAAUUGUUAGAUUUAGAUGAGAAAUCUAGGACUCUUUUCAAUUUAUAAAAUAAAUUUGAUUCAUUAAAUUAUAGAGUUUAAUAAUUAGAAGAAAAUUUAAGACAAUUGGAAGAAUUGAGAGAUGAUUAUUAAAGUAAAUAUGAUUUGGCAUUGUAGGAAUUAGAUAUUUAUAAGGGAAAGGAUAAAGAGAUUAAUUAAAUGGCAGCUAAUAAAAUAGAAUUAUAAGAAUAAAUGGAUUCAAUCUAAAAAAAAAAUAAAAUCUUAGAGAGAGAACUUUAGGUUACUUAAAAUGCUUUACAAUCUAAAGAAUCAGAUAUUUUAUAACUUUAGCAUACUAUAUAAAAAAAGGAAUAAUAAAUAACUACAUUAGAAGGAGUAAUUGUUAAACUUAAAUCUGAUUUAACUAAUUCUAAAAAUUCUUACGAAUAAUUAUAAUUAGAAUUGACUGAAAUGAAUUCAGAAUAAAAAUCAUCAGGUGAACUUUUUUCAUAGGUUAAAAACUUAACUAGUGAUAAUCUUAAUAAAAACACUCAUAUAGAUUAAUUAAAAUUAUAAAUUAAUGAACUGUAAGAUAAAAAUAGAAAUCUUGAAAACUAAUACAACAAAUUAAGAGGUGAUGCUCUUAUAGGUAAUUCGCUAAAUUCUGAGUCUUUUGAAUUAAGACAAAAAUUAGAAGAAUUAGAAGGUUAAUUUUAAUAAUCUUAAUUUACAAUCAAACAAAAAGAUUAAGAAAUUUAAGAAUUAAAAUAUUAAAUUGAAAAAUAAAAUUAAUAAUAAUAAUCUUAAAAAGAAAUAUAGAAUAAUAAUUAACUAAAAAAUUAAAGCAAUGAUAAUGAAAAUAUUAAAAUUUAAGAAUAUUAAUUUAUUAUUUAAUAAUAAACAGAAGAAAUAGAAAAUAUGAAAAGAAAUUCAUAAGGAUUAGGUGAAGAAUUAACAGAAUUACUAACACAAAUUGUAAGUGUGUUUUUGAAAAAAAAAAUAAAAAAAGAUUAAUUAAAUAUAGCAAGUGUUCUUGAUUAAAUUAAAUUAUUUUAAAAGGAAAAUAUAAGUUUAACAAUUAGAGAAGAGGAUGAUGAAUAAUUAGUGCUACAAAAGCUCUAAUAAUAUAGAGGUGAUUAUAUUAAUUUUAGAUUUAGAGUUGAAUAAAUUAUAACAAAGAUAACUGUUUUAAAGUAAUAAAUGCUUUAAGUUAUAUCUGAAGCAACAAUCUAAGGAAAGAAAAAAGAUGUGGAUAAAAAUAUGGAUGUAGAAAAUUUAGUGAUGUAUUUCAAGUUGCUAUUGGAUUCGUAAGCUGUAUAAUAUAGCAAUCAAUUGUAAUUAUUUUAGUAAUGUGAAGCCGAAUUAAAAUCAUAUUAAAAUAAUACAAGUCCUCAAGGGUAAAUUAUUUAAUAAGUAAAAGAAUUAUUGUCUAAGACUCCAUUUUUAACAUAAUCAUAAAUAUAUUAAUUUACAGAACCUAAAGUUUCGAUUAAAUUAAGAAAAGAUUAAGAUUAAGAAGAUGCCAGAUUAAUAGUAGAAGCAAAAAAUCAAUAAAUUUAAUGGCUCAAAAAUCUGAUUAAUGAAAAAUAAGAUUAAUUAGCUGUAAUGAACACUUAUUUAGCUAAUUUAAAAUAGCUGAUGGAUAAAUAUCAUUUAAAAUGA